AUGGCUUGGAACUGGAAAAAAUGUUGCUGCUGUUGCUGCAUUCUCAUCAUCGUAUUUUUCAUCGCCAUCCUCACUGCCACGCUCGUCAUUCGCGAAUACAGCCCUCAGCAUUCGAUCAACUACCAGGUGACCGAUGCAUCGCUGACCCAAUUCAACUUGACGACCAAUAAAAUCCUCCAGUUCAAUCUAGCCACCACCAUAAAUGUUGAAAACCCUAACAAGAGGUCUGACUUCCACUAUGAGAAGUUUGAAGCCGUCGCUUCCUACAAAAGCCAGGAUUUGAAAAAUACUAAAUUCGAUCCGUUCGAGGUAGAACACAAAGAUAAGCAUCCUUUGAAUGCAGUGUUCAAGGGGGAGCAAUCGGUGUCUCUUCUGGAUGAUGAGGUUUCAAAGUUUAAGGCCACCACGGUUUUUGACAUCGUUAUCAAAUUGAAUGUCAAGCAUUGGGCCAAGUAUACUACAUUCAAGAUUACUGAGGAGAUGAAGAUGAAAUGCAACUUGAAGGUUCCUUUAAAUUCCAACGGAAAAUCAACUGGAAAAUUUGAGGUUGCUAAGUGUGAUAAGGAAUAA